UUCUCUAGCCCUACUUCUUCUCUCCCGCCGAUCUCCUCGCUCGCCAUCCUCCUCCAAAGGCACUACUUCGAUCGGUGCUCUCCUGGCGAAGGCGUGCAGAGCUUCUCCUCCGCUGCUGAUCUAGCAGCCCUGGGGCUGCUUUUCUUCCCCUCUUCCGCUCCCUCUCCCUCUCCCUCUCCCUCUCCGGCGCUGCUGCAAUGGCAGAUCACCAGAAUGGAAGUGCAAAAGCAUCUGCCUCUGGCAAUGCUUAUAGGAUUGAUCUUGAGAAUUUCAGCAAGCGUCUGAAGGCCUUCUAUGGUCAUUGGCAGGAGCACAAAUCUGAUCUUUGGGCUGGUUCAGAUGUUAUUGCCAUUGCAACCCCCCCUCCUUCAGAUGAUCUUCGCUAUCUGAAGUCCUCAGCUUUGAAUAUCUGGUUACUGGGGUAUGAGUUCCCAGAGACUAUUAUGGUUUUCAUGAACAGGCAGAUCCAUUUCUUGUGUAGUCAGAAGAAGGCAAAUCUGCUCGAAACCCUCAAAAAGUCAUCAAAAGAGGCUGUUGGUGCUGAUGCUGUGAUACAUGUGAAGGCAAAGAAUGAUGAUGGGGCAGGCUUAAUGGAGGAGAUACUACAUGCUAUUCGUACUCAAUCAAAACCUGAUAGUGCUGUCAUUGGAUAUAUUGCAAAGGAGGCACCUGAAGGGAAGCUGUUGGAAAUUUGGUCAGAGAAGUUGAAUGGAUCUGGUUCCCAACUCCGUGAUGUGACCAAUGGCUUCUCAGAACUUUUUGCUGUCAAAGAUGAGAGUGAGCUCACAUGUGUGAAGAAGGCAGCGUACUUGACUUCAUCUGUGAUGAAAAAUUUUGUUGUUCCAAAACUUGAGAAGAUCAUUGACGAGGAGAAUAAAGUUUCACAUUCUUCUCUGAUGGAUGACACAGAAAAAGUCAUACUUGACCCUUUGAAGGUGAAGGUCAAGCUCAAGGCGGAGAAUGUCGAUAUAUGCUAUCCACCAAUCUUUCAGAGUGGGGGAGAGUUUGAUCUGAGACCCAGUGCUUCAAGCACUGAUGAUAAUCUUUAUUAUGACUCCACAAGUGUGAUCUUGUGUGCAAUUGGCUCCCGUUACAACAGCUACUGCUCAAAUGUGGCUCGAACUUUUCUAAUUGAUGCUAAUGCAAAGCAGAGUAAGGCAUAUGAGGUUUUGCUCAAGGCUCAUGAUGCUGCCAUAGCUGCUAUGAAGCCUGGUAACAAAGUUAGCUCUGCUUACCAAGCUGCUACUGCAGUGAUUGAGAAGGAAGCGGCAGAACUACUACCUCAUCUGACCAAAACUGCUGGAACAGGGAUUGGCCUUGAAUUCCGUGAAUCUGGGUUAAGUUUGAACUUAAAAAAUGAUAGGGUAAUCAAGGCAGGAAUGAUCUUCAAUAUCUCGCUUGGAUUUCAAAAUCUCCAAGCUGGGACUAAGAACCCGAAGACGGAUAAGUUCUCGCUGUUGCUAGCUGACACAGUUGUUGUUGGUGGGAAAUCUCCUGAAGUGUUGACCCAAGGGUGCUCCAAGGCAAUUAAGGAUGUUGCGUAUUCAUUUAAUGAGGAUGUAGAGGAAGAUGAACGACCAAAAUUGAAACCUGAAUUGAAUGGUGAGCCAUUAUUGUCCAAAGCAACUCUAAGGUCUGAUCUCCAGGAGAUGUCAAAGGAAGAACUCCGGAGACAACACCAGGCAGAGCUUGCCCGACAGAAAAAUGAGGAAACUGCUAGAAGGCUGGCUGGUGGUGGACCUGCUGCUGGGGAUGGGCGGGGGCCUGUGAAGGCAUCCAGCGACCUAAUUGCCUACAAGAAUGUCAAUGACAUUCCCUAUUCAAAGGAGCUUGUAAUACAGGUAGAUCAGAAGAAUGAGGCUAUUCUCUUACCAAUAUAUGGGAGCAUGGUGCCCUUCCAUGUUGCUACUGUCAAGAGUGUCACUAGCCAUCAGGACAACCGUACGUGCACAAUCCGCAUAAUAUUUAAUGUGCCUGGUACUCCAUUCACUCCCCAUGAUGCAAACUCUCUGAAAUAUCAAGGUGCUAUUUAUUUGAAAGAGAUCACUUUCCGUUCUAAAGAUCCUAGACACAGUAGUGAAGUUGUGCAGCAGAUCAAGACCCUCCGGCGGCAAGUUACUUCCCGGGAGUCAGAGAGAGCUGAGAGAGCUACACUGGUUACACAGGAGAAAUUGCAGCUUGCUACCAACAGAAUGAAAUCAAUGAGAUUGCCUGACUUGUGGAUAAGGCCUGCUUUUGGUGGCCGUGGAAGAAAGUUGACAGGUACUUUGGAAGCGCAUGUUAAUGGGUUCCGAUAUUCUACAUCAAGGCCUGAUGAGCGAGUAGAGAUCAUGUAUGGUAACAUCAAGCACGCAUUUUUCCAGCCUGCAGAAAGAGAAAUGAUUACCCUUCUUCACUUCCAUUUGCACAAUCACAUUAUGGUGGGGAACAAGAAGACAAAGGAUGUCCAGUUUUAUGUUGAGGUGAUGGAUGUUGUGCAGACACUAGGUGGUGGAAGGAGAUCAGCCCUGGAUCCUGAUGAGAUUGAGGAAGAGCAGAGGGAAAGGGACCGAAAGAACAGGAUAAAUGCUGAUUUCCAGAACUUUGUCAGUAAGGUGCAUGAUCACUGGAGUCAGCCACAAUUCAAAGGACUUGAUCUCGAGUUUGAUCAGCCUCUGAGGGAGCUUGGGUUCCAUGGAGUUCCUCACAAGUCUUCAGCUUUCAUCGUUCCAACUUCAACCUGUUUGGUUGAGCUGAUUGAGACCCCAUUUCUGGUGAUAACAUUGGCUGAGAUUGAGAUUGUUAACCUUGAGAGGGUGGGCCUGGGGCAGAAGAACUUUGACAUGGCGAUUGUGUUCAAGGAUUUCAAAAGAGAUGUUCUCCGCAUAGAUUCCAUCCCAUCAUCAUCCCUUGAUGGAAUCAAGGAGUGGCUUGACACAACUGAUCUGAAAUAUUACGAGAGCAGGUUGAACCUGAACUGGCGCCCAAUCCUGAAAACUAUUACUGAUGAUCCUGAGAAGUUCAUAGAGGAUGGUGGGUGGGAGUUUUUGAACUUGGAAGCCAGUGAUUCUGAUUCUGAAAACUCCGUGGAGUCAGACCAAGGUUACGAGCCUUCAGAUGCUGAGCCAGAAUCUGAGUCUGAAGAUGAAGACAAUGACAGUGAGUCAUUGGUGGAAUCAGAUGAAGAUGAGGAAGAUGAUUCACAGGACUCAGAAGAGGAGAAAGGGAAAACAUGGGAGGAGCUGGAGAGAGAGGCCACUAAUGCUGACAGGGAGAAGGGUGAUGAAUCGGACAGUGAAGAGGAGAGGAGGAAGAGAAAGGCAAAACCCUUUGGAAAGUCCCGUGCUCCAGAACCAAGAGGUGCCUCUUUCAGUAAGAGGCCAAAGUUGCGGUGAUUCAGUUUGGUCUUGGUAUUUCAGAUGUUAGCAUCAAGGUGGUUAGCUGGUCAAAAUUAGAAACAGUUGUCUGGCUUCAUGCAAUGACGUGAAUGUAUUGUCUAGGGGUGUUGUAGUUCUUUUGUCCAUGUAUAUCAGACCGUAAUGAUUGCGGUGUAUUAUGCUCCACGUCUUUGUUUCCUGUUAACUUCUGAUGGCUUUUGUUAUUCAAUUAUCAUUUGAAGCAUGUUUUAUGUGCAAUUUUGGCUCGUUUUGUUAAGUUUUCUUUGUUUGAUGAGCUAUGGAAAAUUUUUCUGACA